UGCCCUUUGAUCCCUGCGGGAAAGGGGAGAAGGACGGGCAACGGAGCAGGGACGCGCGGCAGGGUUUGGGCUGGAAGCGCCGGCCGGAGGCAGGUAGUGUGGCCUGCUGGGUCAUAGAGCGGGCAGGCAGGCAGGCAGGCGUUGCUCGGCCCCGGGCGAAGAAGCAGCGCUUUCCGCUUUCGUUCUGUCGUUUCGGCGAAGGGAGGCCGGAAUCGGACGCGGGUCCGCUAGGCAACCGGGCAAGAGGGCGGGGGUUACACACGCGGCGCAAGAUCUGAUCUGCUGCUGCGGGAAGUUGUACAGUCGGGAUUGCAGCGCGGUUUUUAACCGUAUUUACGGGUAUGCUAUGACAGGGUAUAAAUUACUUCUUGGUGCUUUUAAAAAUCUAAAUGUCUGGCUUGGACUCCUGGUCAAAUCUCCUCACAAACUCAGCUCUCCCUGGAGGACCUUUCUUUGUGCUGCAAGCCAGUAUCCCAGAACAGCAAUUCUCCCCAAACAUUUCUGUGUUUCUCCCAUUCAGCAUCAUGCAUUUUUAAUACGAUGGUCAAAAAGUGUGACAGGGAUUUCGGUCCGACACAAAAGUAACAAAAGCUCACAUAAAAAUGUGAAACGAACUGUGGAAGAAGACUUGGAGGAGGAAGACAUUGAUGAAGAGAUAACUGAUUCAGAAGAUGAGUUUGAAGAUGAUCCCAGCAUAGUGAAGAAUUACAAAGACCUUGAGAAAGUAGUACAAUCUUUUCGAUUUGAUGUAAUCUUGAAAUCUGGUUUAGAUAUUGCAAGAAACAAAGUGGAAGAUGCAUUCUACAAUGGUGAGCUUAGACUGAAUGGAGAAAAAUUGUGGAAGAAAAGCAGAUCGGUAAAGGUUGGUGAUACGUUGGAUCUCAUUCUUGGAGAAGACAAAGAAACAGAAACAGCUGUAGUUAUGCGAGUUGUUUUAAGGAAAGCAUCUGAGAAGAAUGAGAAUGAUAAAUACAAAGUGGUGUUGAGGCGCUGGAAAAACCUAAAGGUGCCCAAGCAGGAUGUAUUGAAGUGAAAAAAUGAAUUGCAUGUUGUGAUUGAUUUGUUGUGAGCAAUCACAUUUAUUGUAUAAUAUAUAAUUUUUGUUAGUUUUUUUUUAAAGGUUAUUUUAUGGCAUGCCACUUUCCUUACUAUAAACAUUACUACUUCUGUUCCAUGACAUUCAUUUGCUGUAUGCUGUUUUCAUUUCAGAGGGUGGGAAAAAUAAAAUAUUGUUUUUAAUGAGAAAUAAAUAAAAGGAAAGCCUGAUCUUAAA